AUGAUGUCGAUUCUUGACCAGCCCAUUUCGGCCUCGCCCAACCAGUCAGAUGACUCUGACGAAAGCGAUGCGACCCUGGACGAUAUUGAGAUAUUACAGGGUCACCCACUGCAGCGUGUCCCCGCGCGACGAGAUUCAGAUUCGGGGGAAAGCUCAACAUCCGCGAAUUCAGAUGUAAUUUAUGAUAUCGACUUUGACCAGCUCAUCGACGACCUUUUGGCGGAAGAGCCUUUUCCACUGAGCGAGACGCGCAAUACUGUUGCUGUCGAAGCAUCCUCGCCAGAAGCCAACGACUCGAUGCUGAUUAAGCGCCUGCAUCGAACCUCGCCUGAACUCCUUAUUCUUCUCCGUUUGAACCAACGCGAGCUGCGGCACGAUCCAUGGAACCCUACUCCCCACAUUAUUUGCGCUAUCCCUCGCGACGAAUAUGUGUUCAUCUGUCUUCAACGGCUUCUCGAGUUCAACAAACCCCCCUUGCAUAACGUUGCCAAUUAUGUCGACUUCUUCCGCCAGGUGUUGGAGGGACUGACAUUCUUGCACGAACAUAAUAUUGCUUUGCUGGGUUGUCGUGAGUUGGGGAGCUACAUGGUUGACCUGGGGCCAGAGACAGCAUCAGGCAGCUCAGCUUCCGUCGAAUCUUUUGACCGCACCCGUUACCCUGUCCGAUACUAUUUUGCCGACCUUCCCAAUGCUUGCGAAUUCGAAAGUAGCUCUCAUUCCGACGCACAAGACGCUUUUCGACAAGACGUUCAGGACUGCGCCCUUAUGAUGCGGCAUUUGGCUGCCAACGUUCCCACCAUCUCGCAAAAGCUCAGCACCCUCGUAAACGCAAUGCAAACAGGUACAUUUGACGCAGACGCCUCCCGCAAACUGUUUGAGGCCCUCUGCAAAUCAUUCACAUCGUCCACCUUCGAGAUUGUGGUCCCUCCAAUGGAUUUCGACGAGCAGGUCGUUAUACUGCCUCCAAUUAUCUCUCAGCGGGCUGGACUGGGUAGUCCAGGUUUACCCGUAGCUGCUUCUGUGCCGGAUUUACGCCUGGAGGUACAAGUCGACGACGGGUUGCCGAAUCAUAAUGGAAGGAAGCUGAUGCGCACCAUAUCGCUUUCGCGAAAGCUCAAGUUGAAGUCGAAUACAUUGGACCCCAUCGCCAGUCCACUCCUCGGUAGUGCGGCUUCCUCAAGUCCCUCUAGUUCACCGCGAACACGGGCGCGGUCAGCGGAGCCGCCGACGGUUGAGAGCAGAUUGUCAUCAGGCUUGGGACGGUUGACCAUCGAAGAUGGGGAAGAACUUGAAGAAGUAGAAUAG